CCUUCCGGGCUGGCGCCGCGCUUCCGGGGUCAGCAAGCCGGGGCCGCUCUGCCCCGCGCCUCGAUGGUGCGGUCCGCCUGGCGGGGUGUCGGCGGGGGGAGCGCGGCGCUGACGGGGCGGCGCGGCGGGUGACAGGAGCUGCCCCGAUUGCAUCAGCAGCCGCCCUCCCCACCGGGCUGGACGGCUAGCCGGGCUGCCGCAGCGACACCGGACUGCGGGCCAGCGUCCGCGGUGUGCGGCGCGUGCCGUCGCCCUGCCUGCCUCCGGCUUCUGCGCUUCUCCUUCUUGGCGUGGAGUUGGUGAAAACUCCCACCGAGGAGCCAGCAGGAGGGACAAAAGUCUCCCCCGUGAGCGGCCGCGCGCAGGCCUCGGCCUGGCAGCCGUGUUUGUGUGCACCCCGUCGGCUCCAGAUGCGCGAUGUCAGUCAUGUCUGAAAAAGACAGCAGUGAAAAUCUGAAAGAGGAAGCCUCUCAUGAAGAUGAAAAUGAACAGAAGCCUGAGGAACUUGGCUCCACUGAGAGCAGUGAACAGGGAGAGCAAGAGCAUGAACCUGUGCCUAUGACUCGGAAAAGACCUGAACCUAAACCCCCAAGUCAGCCUGCUGCCACAGAGAAAGCUCCAGCUGAAACACUCAAGGUCUCAGAUUCUCUUGCUGCAUCUCAGACAGGGUGGGGAUACUGGGGAAGCUGGGGAAAAUCACUUCUUUCCACUGCAUCUGCUACUGUUGCUACCGUAGGUCAAGGCAUUUCAAAUGUCAUAGAAAAAGCAGAAACAUCCCUUGGGAUCCCCAGUCCUAGUGAAAUCUCUUCAGAGACUAGAGAUGCUACAGAAGGAAGCGAGAAUCCUGGUGAUAGCAGCACAGAUGCAGUUGAUGAUGGCACUUCCUUUCCUAUCGCUGGGGCUCUUGGAGUUUUAUCAACCAUCUCUACUGCUGUCCAAAGCACAGGAAAAAGCGUUAUUAGUGGAGGUCUAGAUGCCUUGGAAUUCAUUGGGAAAAAGACAAUGGAUGUAAUAGCUGAAGGAGACCCAGGUUUCAAAAAAACAAAGGGCCUAAUGAACAGGACCUCUACACUCUCUCAGGUCUUACGAGAGGCAAAGGAGAAAGAAGAGCAGCAGACAGCUACUGAGGUUACCAUGGCUACCGAGAAGAAAGCCCAUUAUGGGUUACUGUUUGAUGAGUUUCAGGGUCUUUCGCAUCUGGAGGCCUUAGAGAUGCUUUCCAGAGAGAGUGAAUCAAAGGUAAAAUUGGUUCUAAAUGCCCUCUCUGGGGAAGAGUUGGACACAUUGAAGGAGGAAAUGGAGCAGCUCAGAGAAGCAUUUUCAUUAGCUGAAUUCUCUGAAGAAGAAGAGGAAGAAAAGAGGGGAGAUGAGGAGUUCACGAAGGAAGUAACAGAGCUGUUUUCAGAAUUGCAUGUCUCCACAAAACCAGACAAGCUGAUCAUGGUGAGAACAUCUGCUCGUGAAUGGAUAGCACAAUUCAAUAUUGAUCUUUCUAAAGAAGAAGAAGAGAGUGAAGAAAACCGAGCAGAAUCCAGAGAUGGUGACCAUGAUGCUAAAAAAUCAGUAGAGGAUAUUCAUGCGUUUGCCAUUAGAAGUCUGGCUGAACUGACAGCAUACUCCAUUGAAAUGUUUCACAAAACUGCAGCUUUGUUCCUACAUGGUCAGAAGAAAGAGGUGACAGCCACAGACCGAGCCAAGUCCCUUUCACAAAUGACGAUUGUGCUGUGUAAGGAACUAUCAACUUUCUCUAAAGAGUUUACUACGUGCUUAACGACUGCAGGGGUCAAAGAGAAAGCAGAUGUGCUUAAUCCCUUAAUCACUGGAGUGUUUUUGGAGGCUUCAAACAGUGCUUCGUAUAUCCAGGAUGCCUUCCAGCUCUUGCUGCCUGUACUGCAGAUCUCUCUUAUUGAGGCUAGAACGGAAUUAUUGCAGCAAUAAAUAAUCCUUCUAAUUAAGAACUUUUUGACCUUCCCACUUCAUAGUUUCCAUGCUGGAGAAUGGUAUAAUGGCUGAUAUUAAAGGGAAAAGUUAACUCUGAUCACUGCUACUACAAGAAUGGUGAUUAAAUGCAGACUAGCAAUGACAGCUCUGCAGCUCAUUGAGAGAUGAGAUUAGCGUAGUCCAGACUGGUGGACAAUGUGAAAGACUUAAAGUGCAGACUGCUUCCCUGUUUUCAUGGACUGCCUGUAUCUUUUCACUGAAAUCCCUCUGCUGUAUGUGUUAAUAAGCUCUUUGGAGAAGCUCUCUGGACUGUGAAGACAAUGCUGGAGAAAAGAGUAGCAGCUGGCUGGUUAAAGACUUACCUAAAAUGAUGGUGUGAUUUUUAAGUUAGACAUAAUUAGGUUCCUAAUAGCUCUGUGUUGAUGUUGAAAUGAAUAGUGAAUGGGAGAUGCAAAAAAAGUAAAUACUUAUGAUUAUGAACCUUGCAAUUCCUAGGUUCGAGAGACUAGAACGGAGAGGAUUCCUUAUGCUUUAUCAAAGCAUUGUUGCUGAAGAGAAGCUCCAGCUACUUGAAGGUGUCUGUUAAUGACUCACGGAUGUGGGAUGGGGACUUUCAGCAAGGUCCUGUUUCUCCUCCUCUUGCAGAAUGUUUGUUUCAGCAAGAGCUGGGAAAAUGCUGGUCUAAGAAUGUGGUUGCUUUGCUUUAUAGCAAUAAAUAAGAAGUGGUUAAAAGGGGUUGAUUCCUGUUUGGACAAUUUAAUGAGAUAAUUUAGCAUGAGGGUUCCCUUCUUUUAAUGCAACUUGACCUCUCAGUGACAGACUGUGUUCACAAACUCAGGUACCGCUUUUCUUCCAUUUCUGUGUAAAAACACUAUAAUGCAAUUCUCCUUCUUCUUGGAAGAGGUAUUGCAGUGAGGGGGGGAAGCAAUUUGACUCUGUUAGUGGGAGUCCUAAUUUGUCUCAAGCUGCUCUGCAUAUGGUGUCUUUUUCUUUGUGCUGUGAAAAGUUCCCCGCUUUGUUCCUUUUCACAAUUUUUAUCUUUGAGCUUCCCCAUUGGGACAGAACAGCCUCUGUUGGAAUCGCAAGAGCAGAAAUGUACAGCUUAAAAGGGACUUGAAGAAGUCCAGAAUAGCUAACCAUAGGUGGCUGACUAUCACACCUGCCUCUGUGUUUGCUCAUUGGUAACAAUGAUGCUCAAAUCCCAUUUUUAAAAGCCACUGGGUUUUAGUAGGUCCUGCAGACUUCUGCUAUACUGAAGACUUAAUGCUCCUCUGCUCUAUUUGUGCAGUAGGGAAGUGUUUUUGUUAUUGGAAUACCUUUUGGCUAAAGCUUUUCUAAUAUGGAAAAACCUUUGCUUUAGUCCUGGUUAGGUUGAACAGAUCUCUGAGAGAGCCUUUUUUUGUUGUUUUUAAAGCAAACUCAGCUUGAAAGUGUGACUGGGGGAAAAAUCUGCACUACAAUGAACUAUAUUUUCUGUCUUGUUUAUGUUGAUAACAUUAUUAAAUUUCUUUUGACAACUCUU